AUGGCUACUGCGGAAGAAGUCCGUGCUUUGAGAGAGCAGUUGCAGGCGUUGAUGGAUGCUCAGAAAAAUGUUGAUGAGCAGAAACAGCCGCCUAUUGAUGAGGCAUUUACUCCACUGUACCAGUACCAAGAGCCGCCCAGAGUCAACGCAAAUAAUUUCGAGCUAAGGACUGGGCUGAUUACCAUGGUACAACAGAACCAAUAUGGAGGUAGUGCCAUAGAGGAUCCGAAUGUGCAUUUGAGACAGUUUCUGGAGUUAUGCAGUACUAUAAAGAUGAACGGCGUAGCAGAUGAUAUCAUUCGCCUUCGUCUAUUUCCCUUUUCAUUGCGGGACAAGGCCAAGUCAUGGUACCACACUCUGCAAUUGGGUGCCAAUCCUGCAUGGGAAGAGUUGGCACACCUGUUUCUGCAAAAAUUUCACCCUCCUGGUCUCACUCUGAAGCUGAAGAUGGACAUCAUUCAGUUUCAGCAAUUCGAAGGUGAAUCAUUAGCAGAAACAUGGGAACGAUAUCAAGAGAAAUUGAGGAAGUGCCCGUCCCACGGCUUUGAUGAAGGGACUCUAGUCGUCAUGUUCUACAAUGCUUGCGGAGAGCGCACGAGGAUGUUCAUGGACACAGCAGCUGGAGGCUCGCUACUCAAGAAGGGAAGCGUAGAAGCGAUGGAGAUCAUAGAAAGUAUGGCAGCUACCAGCUAUCAAUGGCCGUCCGAGAGGGUGCAGCUGAAGAAAGUUGCUGUAGCAUCCAGCUCAGAUCCCCUAGCGAUGAUCUCGACUCAGCUGGCAGAGCUGAGCUCAAAAAUUUCAGCAAUGUCUAUGGGAAAUUCUGAACCAGUUGUGGAGGAUCCGACAGGCGUAGAAGACGCCAACUUCAUUCAUGGGAGGAACUUUGGGAACUUUCAGCGUGGACAGCAGAGCGGCUACAAUAGAGGACAACAAUAUCAGCAAGGAGGUCGCUCACACCCGAAUUUGUCAUACGGGAAUCCCAACAAUGCAAUUCAACCUCCACCAGGCUUCUCGGUUACCAACGGAGUGAUAAAUGAAGAGAAGAAGCCGAAUGUUGAGGAGUUGCUAAUGAAGUUCAUGUCCAAGUCCGACGAGAGGAUGGAGAAGUUGGAGUCCAAUGCUGUUGCUGUGGGGACCCAGAUGAAGAUGUUCGAGACCCAAUUGGGUCAACUGGCCAAUACUUUUACAAAUCUACACCAACAAGGUCAGUUUCCGAGCAAUACAACUGUUAAUCCCAAGGAGCAUUGCAAGGCAAUCAAUUUGAGGAGUGGGACUACUUACGAGGGACCCAAGAUGCCUGAGGACGAGAUCGUGUCGCCGGUUGAUGAGAAAGAAGCUGAGGAGGUCACCGUUGAGCGUCAUCAGAAAGAGAGGGUGAAACAGCAGUUCUCCAAGUUUUUGGAGAUCUUCAACAAGUUGCACAUCAAUCUUCCAUUGGUGGAGGCGCUGCAGGAGAUGCCACAGUAUGCGAAAUUCUUGAAGGACAUCAUCUCGAGAAAGAAAAGGUUGGGAGAAUUUGAGACGGUGAAUCUCAAUGAGGAGUGCAGUGCGAUCUUGCAGAAGAAGCUCCCAGCCAAGCUUAAAGAUCCAGGCAGCUUCACUAUUUCCUGCAUCAUUGGAGGCCAGCAGUUUGGGAAGGCGCUUUGCGAUUUGGGGGCAAGCAUCAAUCUCAUGCCCUUAUCUAUUUUCCAGCGGUUGGCUAUUGGAGAGAUGAAGCCGACGUCGAUCGCGUUGCAGAUGGCAGAUAGGUCGGUGACAUAUCUACGGGGGAUAGUGGAAGACGUGUUGGUGAAGGUCAAUGAGUUCAUAUUCCCAGCUGAUUUUGUGGUGUUGGAUUUUGAGGAGGACAAGACCAUCCCGUUGAUCCUAGGGAGACCGUUCUUGGCCACAGUGAGAGCCUUGAUAGAUGUGGCUAAUGGGGAGCUCACUUUGAGAGUGAAUGAUGAGAGCCACACUUUCUCCAUAUAUUGA